CAGUUCACAUUUUAGAGAGAGGAACGAAUGCAUACACACAUGUGUUAACUACUGCUUAACCACGAUGUUCUUGUUAUUAUUUGUCAGUAUUGUGAGUUUAUUUAGUCCUUGUUCAGGAGAGGAUCGUCCUCUUCAUGCAUAUGCUCCUGGGGACAUCAUCAUCGGAGGACUUUUCCCUGUUCACAGGCAAACCAAUAGAAGCCCAACACAUGGACCACUCUCCUGUAGUGCGUAUGAUAUCCGAGCAUUCCUACACACUCAAGUGAUGAUAUACGCCAUCAGAGAAGUAAACCAACGCACACCAAGGGUUCUACCCAACUUCACCAUAGGAUAUGACAUCUAUGACACUUGUGGAGAUGUCAGCUUUGCCAUCAGAGCAACACUCCAGUUGCUGUUGGACCAGUCAGACAACCAGGGAUGUUUAGGACCUUCAGAAUUUCCAUCUGCUUUGCCUGAACCCAAAACAAAGGUGGUGAUUGGUGAAAGGUACUCUGAGGUAUCAAUAGCUGUGGCACGAGUUGUUGCUCUGUCAUCAGUUGCCCAGAUUAGCUAUGCUUCAACUAGUCAGCAGCUCAGCAGGAAGUUGAAGUUCCCCACUUUUCUGAGAACAAUAUCUAGUGAUGAACAUCAGACAAAGGCCAUUGCUGAGCUGGUGAAGAAGUUUAAUUGGAAAAUAGUGGCCAUUGUAGGAAGUGAUGAUGAGUACGGGAAGUAUGGCAGUGAUCAACUUGUGAGCAUCUUCAGCAAAAUGAAGGACCUCUGCAUUGAAUUCAUUGACAUCCUUCCUGGUUACUUUUCUCAGAACAAUACCGAAACCCAUAUGAGGCUGACUGAGCUGGUGAGCAAUAUCAACAAAUCCUCUGCUGAGGCCAUCAUCAUGUUCACCAAGGACACCAAUGUUGAUGUCAUCAUGGAAGCAGCUAUUAAGCACAACCUAAACCGAACUUGGAUUGCAAGUGAUUCAUGGUCCACCUCUUCAAAGGUCUCUGCACUGCCAGGCAUUGAGAAGGCCGGGAAGGUUUUCGGAUUCAUUUCUAAGAGAAAUGAGGUGCCUAAUUUUAAGGACUAUGUCACCUCAAUGUUCAAUGGAACCACUAAUGCUUUACUUGAACAUUACCUGGAACAUUAUCCACCUUGUCUUAAUCAGUCUGAUCAGAUCAGAGAAAGAACCUGCUCACUUGGAAACAGCCAGCUGGAGUCCCAGCAUUGCCUAGAUAUAAGGUGCUUGGCCGAUUUUAUUGACCAAGAUGAAUCAUACAAUAUCUACUUAGCAGUUCAAGUGAUUGUUGAGGGUCUCAGAAAUUUGCUACAGUGUGACAACCACCAGUGUAACCAUAAUGGCAAAUUUUCAUCCUCAGAGCUUCUUGUGGAAAUCAAGAAGGUCAACCUCACUGUGAACACCACACAUAUAUUCUUUAACCCCUUUGGAGACCCCACUUUAGGAUAUGAUAUUGUCUAUUGGAACAUGACUGAAUCCAUACAGCACACACUAAUAACAACCAUCGGAGAAUACUGGCCAGAUGGAGAAAUCCGCAUUCCACUUGACCUUGUUACAAAUGAGGACAAUGCGUCAGUAACUGUUUACAAUUGUUCUAAAACAUGUAAACCAGGGCAGGAGUUGAAAAAGCAAAGGAAACAGUGCUGCAGUGAUUGUGUUCCAUGUGCAGAUGGAGAGUUUUCUGCUGGAAAUGGUGAGGAGUGUAAACGCUGCAUUUUCGAGAUGUAUUCAUCUCCGCGGAGGGAUCAGUGUUUGAACAAAACUAUCGAAUUCCUACACUGGUCAGAUCCCUUCAUUAUCAUUUUGAGUUGCCUGAACAUCUUUGGGAUAAUUAUUACCAUUGUGUUUGCUAUUUUGUUCACAGUUUAUCGUACCACUCCCAUUGUGAAGGCUGUUGGUGGUUACCUUUGUCUCUUGGAGCUUUUUUCCUUGCUGAUCUGCUUCUGCCUUACCUUUACUUUCACAGGAUUGCCCAACAAAGCUUCAUGCAUGGCGGGCCUGCCUAUCUUCGGCAUAGCCUUUUCCCUCUGCAUCUCUUGCAUUCUGGCCAAUCUGAUCCAAAUCUUAGUGGGCUUCAACUUUGAAACUAAAAUAGGGUCCUCAAUAAAGAAGCUUAAUAAACCAGUGGCUGUGGUGACCAUCAUCUCUGGGAUCCAGCUGGGCCUGUGUGUGUCAUGGAUGAGUUUGUACCCCCCAGCUGUCAAUACAACAAUAUUAAGUAGAACCAUCAUGUGGGAGUGUGACAAGGGCUCCACUUGGUUUUUUAUAGCCAUGCUAUGCUACAAUGCUUUCUUGGCGCUCAGUUGUUUCCUGUUUGCAUUCAAAGGUAAACAGCUCCCAGAUUUGUAUAAAAAUGCAAGGUUAAUCACCACCAGUAUGUUUCUCUUUUUGAUCAUUUGGAUACUCUUCAUCCCAAUUUAUAUCAAUUUGACUGGGAAGUACAAACGAGCCAUUGAAAGUGCAGCCAUUCUCAUAUCUAGCUACAGCAUCCUCGGCUGUCACUUGGCCCCAAAGUUUUACAUUAUGGUGUUCAAGAAAGAAAUUAAUAAUGAGAACACCAUUACUGAGUAUAUUAGGAAGCAUUAUGAGCAAAAGAACAUGGCUGUGGUGAAAUCAUAACCACUGCGCCUUUCUCUUGCUACUUUAACAUGUGUGCUUGUGCCCACAACAAGCCUAAAGCCAACCUUGUUAAACAUUUUAAAGCAGAAGUUUGAGGUUUUGGGAAAUGCGUGUACUAUACUAUGCAACUUGUCUCUGUUGUGCAAGACUUUUUUUUAAAAAAAAUUAUUUGUAUACAAUCCUGAAACUCUAAAGAUGGUCUUAUUAAAUGUGUUAUCUUUACUGCUGUUACUGUCACUGCUGAUAAAUCAAAAGAGCUUAAGAUAAUUUAGGAUCUUUACUGUGUUUUCUAUUAUGCACCAUUGUUAUCUUGGCUUUAUUUGCAUGCAACACAUUUCUCCUUUCAACUGUCAGUUUAAAUACGUUGUAAAAAAGAGGAAACAACAUGCCAAACUGCGAAAAACACAUUCUAGUGUGUAUUCAAGUGUUUAGCUGUAUAUGGGUUUCUUUGACAUAAUUGUAAAUAGCUUAUAUUGACUUUUUUUGUAUCAUUUAUAUAUUUUUGAUUUUAUUUUCUUUCAGAGAGGAGUCAGGCACACGGAUCACAGACAUUACUGAUUAUUUUGCUGAUUAUUUCUUGCUGCUGUAAACUUUAUUACUUCAUUUUGUUUGAUUACAUUUAUUUAUUUUAUUAUUUAGAGAUGAUUCCCUGUGAAGUGCUGUAUACUGCAAAUAAAUAAACUUCUUUCUUUGUAAAUAUUGCAAUAUU